AUGCCUCUCACCGAACUCUCACAACAUGCAAUCACAAACGUCGGGCCGCUGACAACAAUAUUCACUGCGCCUAGUUCAUGCGCUACCUCAUCCCCAGGCCUCUGGCUGGCCGCAGAAUCCGUCUUGACAGACCGCGUCCAACCUUUCUUCCGUCAGAAAUGCGAAGGUUCGGCAUACGGCGAGUGUUUCCCCUCCGGCACCGUCUUCGAUCAGAUCCAUUCAGCGGCCACUGCCACCGUUGACGCGGGCACCAUUGCCUACUUCUCGCCCGCAAGCGUCUGUCCUGAUCAGUACACGACAGCUGGUGUCGCUGCAAAGAAUGCCGAGGGCACGAUCAGCUCGUCUGGAGUCUUUGUCCCGCCUAUCGUCAGCGUGCCGUUUGGGUCCGGGUACAUGAGUGACAGGCUGGCGUAUAACCCCAUCGUCAACGUUCUUAUGGAGGCUCUCGAAAAGUCUGUGUACGGCGCAAUGACGGCGUGUCAGCGGCUCGUUGGCAAUGUGACCAUGGCGCAAGCGACCUUCACCUACAACAAUACCGUCGUCUCCGGAGCUGUAUACUCGUACACACCCACCAGCUACAACAUCAGGACUAGCACGCGGACCUUUACCAAUGCCCAGGCUGAUGGUUGA